UCCAGUAUGUCGAGAGCUGUAAUAACUGUGUUCGGUCUGUGUGCUGCAUUGUGCGGCGCCCAGCAGCUGAAGGACCCGUGGCUAAUGGCUCAGGCUAAUAAUCUGCCGAAUUUCGUACAACAACCAUAUAAUGCGCCGCAGCAAGGUCGCUUUCUGCUCCAACAACCGUCUCAAAGCGUUUAUCCGCCUGCCUGGCAGUCAAUACCGGCCGUCUCUGAUCUUCCUCAGCGCUGUGAGGUGGACGACUCUACCCGGGUGGGUUGUGGAGAACCAGGCAUUACUCCAGCGGACUGUGAGGCUCUAAACUGCUGUUAUGAUACGAGACGGUAUAUUCGAGCACCAGAUGGGCCCCUGUGUUACUAUGGGAAGGGGGUCACUGUACAGUGCACUGAGGAUGGGCAGUUUGUGGUGGUUGUGGCCAGAGAUGCCACUGUGCCUCGUAUCAGUCUGGAAAGCAUCAACAUGUUGGAGGCUGCUGGUGAACACUGCUCUGCUGUUGACAGCAAUACUGAAUUUGCCAUCUACCAGUUUCCAUUCACCUCCUGUGGUACCAGAAUGGAGGUGGAAGGUGACUACAUUAUUUAUGAGAACAGGAUGGUGUCCACAUAUGAAGUGGGAAUUGGUCCUCAGGGAGCCAUCACAAGAGACAGCUCGUAUGAGCUAACAUUCCAGUGCAGAUAUCUGGCUACGGCAGUGGCGCCUCUAGUGGUGGAGGUGAACACAGUUCCUCCCCCUCCUCCAGUCUUCGAACAGGGUCCUUUGCAAGUGGAGCUCAGGCUAGCCAAUGGCAUCUGUGCUGCUAAAGGGUGUUCAGAUGUGGAGAUAUACAGCUCGUACUACACAGAGGCUGACUACCCUGUGACUAAGAUACUGAGGGAGCCAGUAUAUGUGGAGGUGCGCAUGCUGCGGAGAACUGAUCCAAACCUCGCCCUCGUACUGAACCGUUGCUGGGCCACUUCUAGCCCAGAUCCCUCAAGCUUGCCUCAGUGGGACCUGCUGCUUAAUGGGUGUCCUGAUACAGAUGACCGUUACCUGACCACUGUGCUCCCAGUCAACCAGUCAUCUGGCCUGCAGUACCCAACCCACUACAAACGCUUCGUCGUGAAAAUGUUUACCUUUGUGGACAAGACUUUCCUUUUUCCUUCACAGGAACAGAUCUUCAUCCAUUGUGCCACAGCCGUAUGCCAGCUGUCUGCUACAGAGACCUGUGAACCAAGUUGUGGCAGGAAAAGAAGAGCAGUUCCAACCACACAGGAUUUGGAGAGUAAAGUCCUAGUGUCCAGUGGUGAGGUCCUCUUUAUUGCAGACAUGCCUGUUUCUGCUAAAAGCCAAGCAGACAGCGAUGGAGAAGUGUCUCAGGUGUUCAGCUAUGGGCUGGUCGGAGUAGCUGUGCUUACAGUGUUGAGCAUCUGCGGACUGCUUAUCGCUCUAUUAAGGCGAAGGUCAAAAUCACGUCCUCGCCUUCAGACAACAAGACUAUGA